AUGAGCGACGAGAAGCACCCCAUCCCAGCUGUGGAUGCGAGCUCCAGCAGUUCGCUGCAUGACGGGAAUGUCAUCUCCAACAAGGCUGCUGAUGAGACCUUGGAGCUCAUUGAGCAGUAUGGAAAUGAUGUUGGUGAGCUGACACCCGAGGGGGAGAAGAAGCUGAAGCGCAAGCUUUACAUCCACGUCCUGCUCCUUGUCACAUUCAUUGACUUUAUGCUCUAUGUGGACAAGUCAACCUUGGGCCAGGCUACUCUCCUGGGUCUCUUCGAGGAUACUGGCCUCAACAAUGCCGAGUAUAACAAUUUGAACUCGCUUUUCUACACCGGCUACAUCCUCGGUCAGGUCCCUGGACAGCUUCUUAUCCAAAAGCUCCGACUCCGCACCUACAUCUCCGGCACAAUCUUCUGCUGGGCCGUGGUCGUCCUCUUGCACUGCGUCGCCAAGAGUUAUGGAGCCCUCAUCCCUCUUCGCUUCUUCCUCGGAUUUGUCGAGUCCUCAGUAAUCCCAGCUCUCGAGAUCACAAUGGCCAUGUUCUUCACUCCCCAGGAGCUUCUACACGUCCAGCCCUUAUUCUACAUCUCGUGCAUCGGCUCGCCCAUGUUCACUGGAUUGGUCUCUUAUGGCUUGCUCUUCAGCAAGGUCAGCACCAGCCCUUGGAAGUUCUUUAUGAUCAUCACAGGUGGCAUUUCUCUGGUUCUUUCCGUCAUCACAUGGUUCGCGUACCCGAACAACCCCGCAACAGCCUGGUUCUUAAGCACCGAGCAAAAGGUUCAUGCCAUUCGUCGAGUCCACGACUCGACUCGAAGCUCUAUUGAACAAAAGACGUUCAAGAAGUACCAAUUCUACGAAGCCUUGAAGGAUCCCGUUUCUUGGCUAUUUGCCGGUUCGGGCUUCACUCUGAUGCUGGCCAACAACCUCCCCUAUCAACAGAGUCUGCUUUUCCUCGACCUCGGCGUUUCUCCCCUGGGAUCUACUUUGGUCUGGGUUGCCUCUGGCGGCUUCGCCAUUCUUGCCUGUAUUACGGCGUCACUCCUCAUCCGGUUCUUCCCCAACUACAGCGCCUGGUGGGCAGCGCUUUGGUGCAUCCCCUGUAUCGCAAGCAGUAUUGGCAUGGUGACAAUUCCUUGGCACAAGACAAUCGCACUCCUGGCUUGUUUGAUCCUCCCGCCGAACUGCUUCGCGCAGACCUGGAUCAUCUCCCUCGGCUGGCUUUCCUCCAGCUGUGCCGGUCAUACCAAGCGUCUCACUCGCAACGCCAUGUUCAUGAUUCUCUACGGCAUCUCCAACAUUAUUUCGCCACAGCUCUGGAAGACUGGAGGAUACCGAUACUACGGCGCCUGGGCCACGCAGAUUGUCGCCAGUUUCACGCUGACGCCUAUUCUGUUGCUCGCUAUUCGAUUCAUCUUGGUUAAGCGGAACAAGGAGCGCCGACAGUGGAUUGCCGAACAGGCUGCCCUUGGCAACCAUGGAGAGGGCUAUGUUGAGCAGGUGGUGGGUGAUGAGACGGUCAAGGUCAAGGUUGACGUUUCGAUGCUUGAUCUGACUGAUCUGGAGAACAAGUUCUUUAUUUACCCUCUCUAA